CAGUCGAGUGGUCAGUUUCAGUUGGUCUACAACCCUCGAGUUGUCAGGUGGAAGCUCGCCUAGUCGCGUCGCGUUUUCGAACUCCUAGUGGGAGCCAAUCGAAGACUCCGGGCGCAGACUGUCAGGGAGCAAAGUUUUCGCCCGAACAUAUCCGCGUGUGUUUUCAAAUUCAAAGUGAAGUGUUUGUCUCGUCCUUAAGUGUCUGACUCUGGGACCGCGCCAUGUUCAACACCAGUGCCCAGAAUUGGUUCGGCAUGGGCCAGGCAUCCGUGGAUCCGAGCGGCGGAGUGGCCCAGCUGCUCAACAACACUUCGAGUCUCUACAAUCAGCAGCAGCAGGCGGCGCCGCAUUCCUUCAUGCGCCAGCGAUCGCUGACCAGUUCCAAUCCCGCCCUGGAGCGCUCAAACGCUUUAGCCACGCGGCCCCAGUCGCCGCCCAACGUCCAGGUUGAGUACGAGGUGGCGGUACCCUUCGUAUCCACCUACCGGCACACCCCGUACCACUCCCUCUGGGAUCUGCACCAGUGCUCAUCCACACCGCCGACAAGCCUUUCGCACAUGGCCCGGAUGAUGGACUCUCUGAUCCUGGACUCGCUGUCCCCGUUUGCCUUCACAAAGAUCACGGCCACCAGUCGACCAUCUCGGAACGCCAGCUUGAAGAAGAGCUCGGAUGGCGGACACUCCUCGACAGCGGAGCGCCACCGGCCUAUCAACAACCUGGGCUCGAAUGCACCUGGAGGAUUGGGCAUUGGCGGAAGUGUCCCGUUGCGCAGCAAACAGCGGCUACCCACGCAAGUUUCCGCCGCAGAAGUGGCACCCCAACCCCGAGCCAAUCAGACGGCCCAGAUGCCAUUUCCAUCGCAGCAGCAGGAUAAUCGCUGGGUGUCCUCCCUGCGCCGUCGGGAUCCCGAGCUGCAGCCCACACUACCCUCCAUCAACAGCAAUGCGAACAGCAGCAGCCUUAGCCAGAGCCACCACGGAAGUGCCGGGAACGUGGGAUUGGCGGGAGCAGGAGCACCUACACCGGCCGUCAGCAUGGGCGCGAUGCGCUUGGGGCGACCAGCAAGGGCCUCCGCCAUGACCGCCGCCUUGCGGAAGAGCAGAUCCGUGGAGCGUCUGCGGGCCAGAAAGCUGAGCACAAACACCCAGCUUAACUUGAAGCACAAGCCGGUUAAGAAGAACUCGCUGGACGAAAACUCCAACUCGGAUGACCAAGACGCCACUACAUCUCUGGAGGACAACUCGCAUGCCCAGUCCCUAGCCACCAGUCACAACACGCCCAAGUGCUCGCCCAAGACCAAGGCCAAGCACUUCUCGCCCUUGGGCUACGAGGUCCAUCUGGUGGACACCCUGGAGAAGGACAUCCUGCAGCGGCAUCCGUGCAUCAAGUGGACCGAUGUAGCUGGGCUCAACGAGGCCAAGACAAUACUCCAGGAAGCAGUGGUGCUUCCGGUAAUCAUGCCGGAGUUCUUCAAGGGAAUCCGCCGACCGUGGCGUGGAGUUUUGAUGGUCGGUCCGCCGGGAACAGGCAAAACAAUGCUGGCCAAGGCGGUGGCCACAGAAUGCGGAACCACCUUCUUUAACGUAUCGUCCUCUACCCUUACCUCCAAGUACCGAGGAGAGAGCGAGAAGCUGGUGCGGCUCCUGUUUGAGAUGGCUCGCUUUUAUGCGCCCAGCACCAUUUUUAUCGACGAGAUCGACGCCCUAUGCGCCUCCAGGGGCAGUGAUUCGGAGCACGAAGCCAGUCGACGGUUCAAGGCCGAGCUGCUCAUCCAGAUGGACGGACUAAACGCGAGCAUGCAGGAGGAGAAGGUUAUCAUGGUGCUGGCGGCCACCAAUCACCCGUGGGACAUCGAUGAGGCCUUCCGGAGACGUUUUGAAAAGCGAAUCUAUAUUCCUCUCCCAAACGAGGACACCCGAUCGGCUCUGCUCAAGCUCUGUCUGAAGGACGUAUGCUUGUCGCCUAGUCUGAACACAGGAAUGAUCGGCGACGAACUGCAGGGCUACUCGGGGUCGGACAUAAGUAACGUAUGCCGUGACGCCUCAAUGAUGGCCAUGCGGCGUCUUAUUUCCGGACGCACUCCCGAUCAGAUUAAGCAGAUCCGCCGCGAGGAGGUGGACCAGCCGAUUACUUUGCAGGACUUCCAGGACGCCCGUCUGCGCACCAAAAAGUCUGUGUCUGCCGACGACGUUACCCGCUUCGAAAAGUGGAUGGAGGAAUAUGGGUCUUGCUAGUUGUACGGGCUGUUGGCCCAGCACCCUUGAUUCUAUCCCAUGUGUACUUCCAAGUCCCGAUCGCAAUAUUUUUUGUAACCUGUAUAAAUCGUACUUGUUAGCCGUAUAUAUAUACGCUUAUUUGCUCAAGUGCCCCACGCCCAGCAUUGCUCCUCUAUGUACGUGCACACGGUAAUCUGAUAUCUUAUAAAUACAUAAUAUAUACAAUAAAAACAUAUGUAAUUUUUAAUAUUUAUUCAAAAGAAUCCUACCAUAGGCUUAUAGCAACAUAAUGUAUUUUGUAAUCAGCAUAUUUGAAAACAGAGAAACGAAAUAAAUUAAUCAACACCCUUUGGAUCCACAG